CUGACAGCCUGGUUAGCUGUCCCCAUCACGCCUCGCCACAUCUAACGUUAGGUAACUCAACGUCUUAAUGCGAUGAACCGGGAAUUCAUUGAUUAUGGCUAACCUGCGGAUAUCGAUAGCCGUCGUGGUUGUCCAGGCCGUCCUGUACAGAAGCAGUGAGGCUCUGCGGUGUAACUGCACCACUGCCCAGUGUGAGAAGACUGGCUCCCAGUGUGAGACCGAUGGAGCCUGCAUGGCCUCCACUUCCUUCAUCGACGGCCAAGAGCAGCACAUCCGUAUCUGCAUCACACGGGACAAGCUUGUGCCGCCCGGACAACCCUUCUACUGCCUCAGUGCAGAGGGCUUGCUAAACAUCCACUGCUGCUACACCGACUACUGCAACAGCAUUGACCUCAAAGUUCCCUCAGUCACGACUCAGUCAGGACUCGGGGGAGGCUACGGCCCAGGUGGAACAUGGGGGCUGGUGGAACUGGUCGCUGUGAUCGCAGGUCCGCUGUUCCUACUGUGUCUCCUGCUGCUCAUGGCUCUGUUCCUGUAUCAGUACCACCAAAGAGCCUACAGCCACAGGCAGAGGUUAGAGGUGGAGGACCCCUCCUGUGACCACAUCUACAUGGCCAAAGACAGGACCCUGCAGGACCUCAUUUACGAUCUGUCCACGUCUGGUUCAGGCUCUGGCCUGCCUCUGUUUGUCCAGAGGACUGUAGCCAGGACAAUUGUCCUCCAAGAGAUCAUUGGCAAAGGGCGUUUCGGGGAGGUGUGGCGAGGACGUUGGAGGGGCGGGGACGUGGCGGUGAAGAUCUUUUCAUCUAGAGAGGAGCGAUCCUGGUUCCGUGAGGCUGAGAUUUAUCAGACCAUCAUGCUCCGCCAUGAAAACAUCCUGGGCUUUAUAGCUGCUGACAACAAAGACAACGGCACAUGGACCCAGCUGUGGUUGGUGUCGGACUACCAUGAGCACGGCUCUCUGUUUGACUACCUGAAUCGCUACUCUGUCACGACUGAAGGAAUGAUCAAACUGGCGCUGUCAGCAGCCAGCGGCCUGGCUCACCUGCACAUGGAGAUACUAGGAACACAAGGAAAGCCAGGCAUCGCACACAGGGACCUGAAAUCCAAGAACAUCCUCGUGAAGAAGAACUGCACCUGUGCCAUCGCUGACCUGGGCCUGGCUGUCCGUCACGACUCUGCCACAGACACCAUCGACAUCGCGCCCAAUCAGAGGGUGGGCACCAAGAGGUACAUGGCUCCAGAGGUUCUGGAUGAAACUAUCAACAUGAGACAUUUUGACUCAUUCAAAUGUGCUGAUAUCUAUGCUUUGGGGCUGGUCUACUGGGAGAUUGCACGCCGCUGUAAUAGUGGAGGUAUCCAUGAAGAGUACCAGCUGCCCUACUAUGACCUGGUACCUUCUGACCCGUCCAUAGAGGAGAUGAGAAAGUUGGUGUGUGACCAAAAGCUACGACCCAACAUCCCCAACUGGUGGCAGAGCUAUGAGGCCUUGCGGGUUAUGGGCAAAAUCAUGAGGGAGUGUUGGUAUGCGAAUGGAGCUGCCCGCUUGACGGCCCUGCGCAUCAAGAAGACCCUCUCCCAGCUCAGCAUUCAAGAAGACAUUAAAGUCUGAGCUAAGUCAGCAGAGCGCUGAGAAAGAGCACUCGGUAGGAUCCGACUCCAGACUGUAGGACACUGAGAAGAAGGAGCCGGGCCUUCUACACAGAACGCACAAAGUAAGAGAAUCCAAUGGAGAGCGGCACUUUGUAAAAUAUUCCUCCAUUGACACUCCUGCCAGUUUUGAAGCCACUUGAUUUCUGACAAACCCUACCUCGCUUACCCAGCCAAACUACCAAGAACACCUUUCCUGUCUGGUCCUCAGCUACUGCUGCCCUUUUUGUUCCUCUCUACACUAACAAGGAUCCUUGGAUUUUCUGUGUACUUGUAUGCAAUUGAUAGCAGGAUAUGUAAUUAACUAUUUAAAAUUUUGAAAAUCAGUUUCAGAUAUUUCCUCAAAGUCUCUUUGAUCACAGUCGCUUAAUAGUUAAUCAUUAGCUCCUUUGUCUUUGAAAGGGGACAAGCUGGGAGGGGCCGGGGUGUUUUUAACUUAUUUUUUACCUGUUCUGUUAUUUAAAUACCUAGAUCUUGUUAAUAAUGUAUGGUGUUUGUGAGGCUACUGUGCAGGUUUCUCUGUGCCACCUACAGCAUACAGGCACAUCACAAACUGCUUAGAAACCCUUCAAAGACAAUAAUCCAUCUGGUUCUGCUACAACUGUGUUGUUUAGUUGUCUGCUGAUUACUAUGUAAGCAUGUACAAAGCAGCUGAGGCAGUUUGUGUUAGUGCAGCCCAUUUACUUUCAACAAGGUGGUUUAAAACUUCAAAGUCAUUGGAGCAUUAGGGCAACCUGCCAAACAUGAUUUAGCCUUUGGACCACUUGCCUGGAGCCCUUCCCAUAAGCUGUCGUAAACCUCAGGUUUUUCUUAUGCUUACCAAUCAACACUUUUUUGUCUGUUUUAGAACCAUAUUUAGCAAAAAUACACAUUUAGGAAUUAUUAAGCAGAAAUUUGUUUCUAUGUGACACAGUCGCUGGCUUCAGAUUGGGAUACUUCUUACAAAACACGUCAAAUAUUUAAAUAGCCGUUAGGGCUGUACCAAAUUAUUUAUUUUUUUAUAUUCAAAGCUUCUAUUGCGCUUUAAAAUUAAGCUUCAAAUUUCUGUCAUCAUCACCCUAAAAGAUAUCCUUCAACAAAAUCCUUAAUUUAAAAAAGUGAUUCAUCUGACUGAAUACUUUUUUAUUAGUAUUAAUAAUAAAUCAACUUGACAACAUAAGUACAUGUUAGGUGCUGGCGGAUCACCCUGUUUGUACAGGUGUCAGUCUGCCUUUGUGUGCUGCAAGCUGGAGAGCAUACAGGUUUUAUACUGAAGUGAAAAUGUUUUUUCAAAGGCUAAAUGCCAACUAAAAUGGAAUAAAGCAGAAUAUUUUGUUGGAUAAAAACAUCUUGUGAAUGUUGGAAAUAAUUGUUGAAUAACAGGAAUGAGAAACAAACCUAUGCAGCCACUAUGGGAAUCUAAUAUUUAUCUCAAACUGUGCUGAAUGAAUACACAUGCAAAAACAUGGGUGGAAAAAAGGCUGCACAGCAUUCAAAUGUUGAUUCAGAAUUUGAACGUUAUAAAUGAAGCCUGGAAACUUUGAACUAUGAGGUACAGUCCUAAUGCGAGUAUUACAGUCUGAAAGCAGCGGCUGUCUCUCUGUCCACCCUCAGACUGUAACCUGCCAGGAGAGUAACCGUUGCUCCAGCCCCUCAGAUAAGCUGGUAUACACGACAUUCAGAUAAACCUUUCGCCCUUUGCAGCAGUCAAUCCUAUUUACACUGCACUUAAAAUAUGGGGCAGAAUGUUUUAUUUUAAUCCCUUUUAAAUACACUAACUCCAGGAAUCGGAAUAAGAGUUUGUUUUAAUGUUCUUUUUUUUAAUAUUGUCAAAGCAUGUCCAAUGUUCUUUCCCCUCAGGGUGCAUUUUCCCUGGCCAAGUAUAACUACUGCACAUAAACUAGCUUUUUAAUGUGAUACUUGUGUAAAUAUGACAUUAUUUUGUUGAUACCUAGGUCAUUUUUUAGAUUGUUGAGUCUUUUAUAUCGGCUUUUUGGUUGGUGGGAAGUAAAUUACUUUUCUUGUAAACUGUAAUUAUGUACCAAUCUGCUUUUUGACCUCUGAAGUGACAUCACUGUACGUGUCAGACACUGUCUGUGUUGACUUUUUCUCCUAUAGCCCUCUAUUACUGCAGAGGUACUUAAUUUUCAAUCAAUGUUUGCCCUCACAGCUCCCUUUGUUAACCAUAUAAUACCUCCUCAAUGUGCAAAUUAUAUGUUGAUUGUGUCCGUCGAGCUAACAUUGUCAUAAAUCACUGUCUACAUUUUUUAUGUUUUCAGGAAAUAGAUGCACUUUUGUCUUUAGCUGUAUGCAAAUUCAACAGGUACUGUGUCUAGCCUUUCCCAUGUUAUUUAUGUUUUAUAUGCUGUGAGUCCCUAUAAACAGCCUGAAAGGCCACAUGUGCACUACUACUGACCUCGCAGCAUUUAAACCAAACUGUUCUCAGAAUCAUCUCUGGUCAUGGCCUCGAGUGUUUAUUUAAGAUCACGCCACUGAAAAUGAGAAUGUUUAUACAAAUCAUGCCAACCAGCCCCAGUACACUCCGUCUGACUGGAAACUGUACAGAGAAUCUGAUUUUUUCUUUGGGAGAAAAAAUGUUUAAACUAAAUACUACUGAAAUGUCUCAGUGCUGUCUCAUAAAUGUGUUUGACCAAUACUUUUUAUCUUAAAAUCAUUAGCUCACUGCACCGUAUAGUUUAAGUCUUACAGGAUGAUGUAAGAACGAAUAGAUUGCACAGAUGCUGUUGUUUUGGGCUGAAAAGACCGGGGAGCUCUACUGUUUGACAGGUGGCUGAGUGCCGACCAUAUUUAUACACUGAAUGGGGUACGUUUGUAAAAUUGUACCUGCCUUACGAUGGUUUUAAUACGUUCCUCCAAGUAUCCCCAUGAAAGAAAUGAACAUGAUUUAUCCUACAUGUUGUGACAAUUCCUAUGUCUCUGUCCAGUCAUGGCAAAGAGACAACGGCAUCCAUGUAAAAACCCCUUCAGGGCUCCAAUCGUGUACCAUCUAAUAUAGAGUAAUAAAAGCAAUUGUUUUCCUA